UAGGAUCUUUAAUUAAACCCAGAACUCACCCUCCGUAACAGCAAGAAGUUCAAAGAAACAAUGAAGUCUCUCCAGUUCCUUAGUGCUGAGGCGUUCGUGUCAGAUGCUGAGUUUGCGAGGAAGAAUCUUGGCAGUGUUGCCCAUAAUCUUUUUCCUCUUCUUUUUAAAGCCAGCUAUUUACUGGAGCAAACGGAAGUGAUUCAUGACUUGGUUGAGACCUGGCCACUUGCUGACUUUAAUAUAGGAAAACUUCUGGGAACUACUGUGGACUACCAGGAAGAUCUGAGCCAUAGAAGAUGCUCAGUGUGCUUGGAGAGCUGUCUAACAGGGCUGAGAGACUAUGUAUUGAAUCAUCCUUCUCCCUGUGUGAAAAGGUUGAAAGUGGUGGACCUGACAGGUAUAAAGGAUGUCGAAGUUCAGCUUUGUGAAUGUAAGAAGACAAUGGGGAGGUGGGCCAGGACUAAGCUGCUCUCAAAGCUUUGUCUAGAAGUGCUGGUCCACCUGCAACAAACGCAAUGCAAGCCACGUGCCUUUGAAAUCAGUAUUGAUGUGCUAAUAGACUUGUUUGUCACAGAACGCAACUAUGAGCUGGUAGUGCAGGCCCUGCUGCAGAAACGUUAUUGUCCACUGAAGAUCUGCUGUGUGGCAUUUAGAGCUGACAACCUGGCUUUGCAAAAAUUCUUCUACAUCAUAAAGCUCACUGAUCCUUCUUUGUUGCGCAAACUGGAAGUAGUUCACAAUGUUCGCUUGGAAAUGGAACACUUGGAAAUACUCUUCAACAGUAUUCACUUCCCUCUACUGAUGUCUUUGACCUUGCCAGCUCGCACAUUUAAUGUGCAGAGGCUCACAGCUACAGAUGAACUGAUGCUUACUACCAUUGGAAAAAAGAUGGGUGAAAUGACACAACUGACUGAGCUCAGUCUGGCAUUUUCUAUACUCACAGGAAGAAUACGGAAGCUGCUCAGCCCACUAAAAACUCCACUGAAGAUGCUGGAUGUUUCUAACUGCUCAUUGAACCAUGCUGAUAUGAUCUAUUUAGCCAAUAGUAUCCAUUCUUAUCACUUGGAAACACUGGACCUGAGCGGGCACAAUAUUCCCGAGCUUUAUCCAUCAACACUCUUUAAGCUUCUUAGCCAUUCCUCUCCAGUGCUUAGGAGUCUUGUCUUGGAGGACUGUAACAUCCAAGACACUCAUGUCAACAUGUUGAUCGCAGCAUUAAGCCCUUGUCAGAAACUGCAGGAGUUUAAGUUUCUUGGAAAUCCAUUGUCAUCCCAAGCACUUAAACACCUUUUCACAUUUCUCUGCGAGUUGCCAGUGCUGAAAAUUGUGGAGUUUCCAGUUCCAAAGGACUGCUACCCUAUUGACAUCACCUACCCAAUUGACGAUGCCAGUCUCUGCAGAUUUGAUCAUCAAAAAUAUGACAGUAUAGCAGAGGAGCUUAACUUCAUUUUACUCCAAGCAAAUCGGGAGGAUGUGAAAGCUUCAACUCCGCUCUUUGGCAGUUAUGAUGCAGCCGUUCAGGAGACAAAUGAUGAACUGGGAGCUUAUUUGAUCAAGUCCUUCAAAGAGACUUUAGAAAAGUUAACUACUUCUCUUAGCAAAAUGAGUUAAAUGUAUAACAUGUUUUCAAUGUUGGCCUGACAAUCUGGAACAGUGUCCUUCAUUGAGCAGUCUUCAGUUUUCUUUAGUUUCUGGGCUGAAUUUAUGUUGUUUUAAUAGCUCAUGGUCAUCAGAGGUUUUUUUUAACUAUCCUACUGCAUAAUAUUUAUGUAAAUACAGCUUGUUCUCAAAAGAGGGGAAAACCCUCAAUAGUUUAGUAUUUUACACAAAAAGCAUUUUGUUUCUUAGUAAAACAAGGUGUCUGAAAUUGGUUACUUUCUUCUACAGUUUUCUCCAGACUUGCGAAUGAGGCUUGCAACUAAACAGAAAAGACAAGAAAGUCUUUCCCCAGGUCCAGCAGGAUCCCUCAGUGACUGUAUAUUCUCGUACUGAGGGCCCCAGGCCUGGACGCAGCGCUGCAGAUGGGGCCUCACAAGAGCCGAGCAGAGGGGGACGAUCA